UGAUGCCUCAGCUCAUCCAGAAAUGCUUUCAUCCCAACAGUACUCAGGGCAGAUCUUUCAACCAGCACAUGGUUCUGAGUUUCCAUCUAAUAUCACUUAUUCUGAUAACUUUGAUGAAGAACCUCCUUUGUUAGAAGAGUUAGGGAUCAACUUUGAUCACAUUUGGCAAAAAACAUUAACCGUGCUAAAUCCAAUGAAGCCGGCAGAUGGCAGCAUUAUGAAUGAGACGGAUUUAACAGGACCCAUGAUUUUCUGUUUGGCACUAGGAGGAACACUGCUACUGGCAGGAAAAGUUCACUUUGGCUACGUUUAUGGCAUGAGUGCUAUUGGGUGCAUAGGGAUCCAUGCUUUGCUGAACCUGAUGAGCCUAGCAAGUGUUUCCUAUGGGUGUGUGGCAAGUGUACUAGGUUACUGCCUGCUGCCCAUGGUGAUACUAUCUUCCUACGCAAUAUUUUUCUCUCUACAGGGGACUCUAGGAACUUUGCUAGCCCUGAUCAUUAUCGGAUGGUGUAGUCUCUCAGCCUCCAAAAUAUUCAUUUCUGCGUUGGCUAUGGAAGGUCAGCAGUUUCUGGUGGCCUACCCUUGUGCUUUACUCUAUGGACUUUUUGCUCUUAUGACGGUUUUCUGAGCAUCAGCUAUCAAUCUAACCAUAUAUAGCAAACUGCAAAGUCAGAGCUACUACCAGAUGAUCUUUCAAGAAAUGUUCCCAGAGUUUUCAAUUACUUAGCUUGGAAUACAUAUUUGUUUGGUUUGGAACUAUAAAUGUAUGGUAAUUUUAUUUGUAAUUUUAUAAAAUGUAUUUUAAUUUUAAAUGAAAUAUAAUUUUUCUUCAGACAUUUGUAACCAACUCAGAAGGUUCAGUGGUAUUCUGCACAUGGGCAACCACGCUCUCUACGUGGGGUUGCCUCUGAAGACUGCCCGGAAGCUUCAAUUAGUCCAACGUGCAGCAGCCAGAUUACUAACAAGAGCGGGGUACAGGGAGCAUACUACUCCUCUGUUACGCCAACUCCACUGGCUGCCAAUUAGCUUCUGAGCACAAUUCAAAGUGCUGGUGUUAACCUUUAAAGCCCUAAACGACUCUGGCCCAGCUUACCUGUCUGAACGUAUUCUCCCCUAUGAACCAUCAAGAUUGCUAAGAUUGUCUGGAGGGGCCCUGCUCUCAGUCCCACUGGCCUCACAAGUGCGUGUGGUGGGGACGAGGGACAGGGCCUUCUCGGUAGUGGCCCCUCGACUCUGGUACUCCCUUCCACUGGAGAUCAGAACUGCCUCUUCUAUCUUGAUGUUCAGAAAACAGGUGAAAACUUGGCUCUGGAAAUUGGCAUUCGAAGAAUGAGUCAAGGUCCUGUGAUAUGGAUGGAUAUUGACGAACAAUGAUUUUAUGAUGAUGACUGACCAUUGUAAUUGUAAUUAUAUGACUGUAUAUUUGUUUUUAAUGUUUUAGUGUAAUUUGGAAUAUGAUGUUUUUAAUGAUUGUUUGUGAUAUUGAUGUUGGAAACCGGCCUGGGUCCCUCGAAAUGAGGUGAGAAGACUGGUAUACAAAACUGCUAAAUAAAUAAAUAAAUAAAU